AUGUCUGAGUUUGAGUUCGAAUGUGUUACACCAAAAACACCAGAUUCUCCCGCCGAUCAUUUGUUCUUGAAUGGCCGGCUUUUACCACACGUUUUUCCACUUCAAUCCGAAAAUAGUUUUAUUUAUUCACGUUCAACAAGCAGCAAGAAUUCUUUAAUGUCGUCGCGCAGUAACAGCACCAACAGCAGAAGAAGCAAUUGUAGCAGUGCUAGAACAAGUACAAGUGAGGCUUCUGAAAGAGAAGUACCAAACGGGGCGAAAAUUCCAUCCAAAUUACCAGCAAAUACGGCAGCUUUUACUCUACCGUAUGGCUCCUCUCGAAGGUGGCAAUUCAUUGCGCCGGCUCCGGUACUGAUGCACCAGGGAUCAAGAUCAAGAAAAGCUGCGGAUUCGGUCGAACGUCCCAAGUCAAAAUCGAGAAAACAGGGCAAGAAUGGGAGUGAUUUAGGAGGAUGGUUUGGGAGAAGAGCGUUGAGAUAUUUUGUAUCAUCGUGCAAAGAAUGUCAUGCCAUUAGAACGCCAACAAGAGAGGGGGUCUGGCCAAGAAACGAAUUACAAGCGCACAAGUAG